GUUUGGUCGAAAUCGUUGAAAUUUCAAUUGCCCUUCUGCACGUGGCCGUCCAUGAAUCCUGCCGCGUCCACAAUUGACAACCGGCGGCAAAUCGACGAGUGGCGCUGGAUCGGCUCAGAGAUUGGCAUUUUCAAAUUACCGACGCUGACCAAGAUGAAAGUGUUCGCCGCCAUCCUCGCCGUCGCCUUGGCCGUCUGCUCCGCUGAUGUCGCCAUGAAUGACGCUAGCCCUCACAUGGUGGCUCUCGAUUCGGCCGCGACCGAGGUCGGUUUUGCCCGCGCCUUGAAGGCGGAAGCGUCCGAAGCGACUGCCAGCAAAAAAACCGACGAUGACGACGACGAUGAUGAUGACGACGAUGACGAUGACGAUGAUGACGAUGACGAUGAUGACGAUGACGACGAUGACGAUGACGAUGAUGACGAUGUCGCCGAAGACGAGUACGACCCCAUGGUUGAGGAAGAUGACUACGAUGACUAUGGCGAGCGCCGCCUGGCCGCUGCUGAAGGUGAAGCUAUUGCAUCCAUCGAGUCUGUCGAAUCCGUAGCUUCCAAGAACGAUGAUGAUGACGAUGAUGACGACGAUGACGACGACGAUGACGAUGACGAUGAUGAUGACGAUGACGAUGACGACGACGACGUCGCUGAAGAUGAAGUGGGUGCCGUCAAGACAUCCAAGGAAACCUUUCGAUUGAACUCUGCGUCCGACACAGAGGCAUUGACAAAGCACCACGGAUAUGAAAUCCAAUCCGACGGCGACUUCUAA